AUCCUAUUUAUACACUUACAUUUGUAUAUGUAAUACGUGACAUUAAAAAAACAACUAAUGUAUCUGAAUCAGAGAAAAAUGCAAGUAUAAAAUAUGUAGUAGCCGCCUGCCCAUAGUGUAAUGGUUCGCUCCCUCUCAAAUCACGAGGAAAGAAUACACUUCCGUAUUUUGAAGCUGACCAAAAAUCAUAAGAAGCUUUACACACAAACAAUGGGACACAAGAUGGAUAGGUUGUGUUGUCUUCUUUUGGUGUCCUUAUCUGCAGUAUCGGCACAGUUUGUGCCGCCGUAUACCGAAGAAUGCCAGACGGGCAUGUACCCUCCCAAAGGUCCAACAUUCAAAGGGCCUGUCACCUGGUACACAAUAGACCUGGAUUUGCCCCCCAGCGAAAGAUGGAAGCUAAUCAUCACUGACAAGAAAGCUGAGUUGGUCAACAUGAUCCAGGCUAUCAAGGAUUUGGCCAACGCAUUUGUUCCUAGUGGGAAACUGAUAGAUUUGGUCGACAAGGACUUGCCUUUGAUAGUGAAUACCCUACCCUACCCAUUCAAUGAGGAAAUAAAAGGAGUUGCGACUGCCUCGGGUGUUCCCCUUGGUGAGGUUGUCCUCUACAACAUCUUCUAUGAGAUCUUUACGGUGUGCACUUCUCUAGUGGCAGAGGACUCAAAUGGUAACCUUAUCCAUGGGCGGAAUAUGGACUUUGGACUAUUCAUGGGUUGGGACAUGAAGAACAGGUCCUGGUUGAUAACAGAGAAACUCAAGCCUCUGGUGGUCAACAUUGACUUCCAGAGAGGCAACAAGACGGUCUUCAAGUCCACUAACUUCGCCGGCUACGUGGGCAUGUUGACUGGUAUCAAACCGCAUGCUUUCACUCUGACCAUGAAUGAGCGCUUCAGCCUUGAUGGAGGAUACAUCGGGAUCGUGGAGUGGAUCCUGGGGAAUAGAGAUGGGAUGUGGAUGAGCUUCCUCACUCGCUCUGUCUUAGAGAAUGCUACCAGCUACGAGGAGGCAAAGCACCUUCUGGCCCAGACCAAGUUGCUGGCCCCGGCCUACUUCAUCCUGGGAGGGAACCAGACGGGCCAGGGCUGUGUCAUCACCCGCUCCAGAGUCCUCAGCCUCGACAUCUGGGAGAUUGAGCUGAAGCUGGGCCGCUGGUACGUUCUGGAAACCAACUACGAUCACUGGAAGGAGCCUCUGUUCUUGGACAACCGCAGGACUCCAGCCAUGAAGUGUAUGAACCAGACCACGCAGGCAAACAUCUCACUGAAGACCGUGUACGACAUGCUGUCGACAAAACCAGUCUUGAACAAGUUGACCACAUACACCACGUUGAUGGACGUGAACAAGGGGAAACUGGAAUCCUACAUCCGUGACUGCCCCAACCCCUGUAUGCCCUGGUGAAGCCUCCAAAUGGGUUUCUAACAGAACGGUGGUGGGGAGAUGGGCUUAACUGAUUCAGAAACAACUGGAGAAUCCUGUUGUACAUAUUUCAAGUCUUUGCGCUGUAACUAAAGGCUCCAAUCGAAAUAUUGCCUCACCCUUAACACUCAUACAUGGGUUGAAAAUGGCAGAUUUGGGCACUGUUAAGCACCAAAAUUGGAACAGUGGGCUGAACAUGUCAGAGAUCACGUUCUCUGAACUUGAGCAUUACGCAACAAAGUUCCCUUCCCAGUAAUUGGGCAACUUUGUCUGAGUGAGAAAUGCUGUAAAUUAAGGACUCUAUGUAUUUUGAAAGAUGACAGAGGAUUAUAAUUAAUACCACUGAUGUCAUACAAGCAAACCAAACACCUGGGAGUCCAAAUGUGCACUUUACAUUUCCAAAUCAUAAAACUAUGAUCACUGUUUGAUGUAAUGUCAUACCCUCGGUUCUUCUGAAAAAAUUGAGCCCAUUUGAAUUUGUUUCGCUGCUGACUCCUUUCUAUGCGCAGCAAAAUUAGUGUCUGAAUUGCCUUGUGAAAGUGUAACAUGUCUUGUUGCACCUACCCCACACUUCACCUACCCCACACUUCCCAAUAGUCUUGUUACUGGAUGCAUCUGGAUUUAUUUUAUUUUUUUCAUUACCAAAAUCUACACAAAGCUAAAAUUUGGAUUCAGUUGAA